GGCGCUUCCGGCCCUGGCCUUGCCCAGUUGGAGGCGGGCCCCUCCGCGCUCAGGCCGCGCCCCUUCCUCGUGCUCAGCAUGGCCGUGGCGGCGGCGGCGGCGGCGGCGCGGCUGCUGCUGCGGGCGGGGGGGUCCCGGCUGAGCAGCUCUCGCGCUCCGAUGACCACCGCCUCUGCUCGCCCGCAGGAGGGGGCCCCCGGUGGCGGCGCCCGGCUGGAGGAGGAGGCGCUGCGCCAGGCCGACUUCUUCCGCGUCCGAGAGCUCUUCAGCCUGCGGGACCUGCUGGACGCCCGCGCCCACCUGGGCCACAAGAAGGGCGCCCGACACAGAUUCAUGGAGCCGUACAUCUUUGGCUGCCGCUUGGAUCAGGACAUCAUUGACCUGGAUCAAACCAUGGCACACCUGCAGCAGGCUCUCAACUUCAUGGCUCACGUGGCCUACCGCAAAGGCAUCAUCCUCUUUGUCAGCCGCCAGCGGCAGGUUGCCCACCUGGUGGAAACCACAGCCCAGGAGUGUGGGGAGUAUGCCCACACCCGCUACUGGCAGGGGGGCUUGCUGACCAAUGCCGAGGUCCAGUACGGGGUGGGAGUCCGCCUGCCGGACCUCAUUGUCUUUCUCAACACUCUCAACAACGUCUUUGAGCCACACGUGGCUGUCCGAGAUGCUGCCAAGAUGAACAUCCCGACCGUGGGGGUGGUGGACACCAACUGUAACCCCUGCCUCAUCACGUAUCCCAUUCCGGGCAACGAUGACAGCCCAGUGGCUGUGGAGCUCUACCUCAAGCUCUUCAAGAGGACCAUUAUCAGGGCCAAGGAUAAGCGGAGGCAAAUGGAGGCUUUCUAUGGGCUGCAGGCCUUGCCCUGCCCUGAAACUCUUCCAGGCAGCACACCCAUCUGAGGCUGUGAGCACAGCAUCCAUCAAGUUUAUGUCUGUUUGGGUCACUGGGGGGUUGCUGAAGACUUUCAAGAGAUGUUUCUAAACUGCUCUUCAGGAAUAUCUUCCCCGCCACGCACACAUAACACUCCUCCUGUUUUCAGCGGUUUGUCCAGCCCCAUUUCAUGGUUUGUCGCUUUGAAUUCCUCAAUGAACAAUAAAAAAAAAAUUUUCAGAUA